AUGUCGGGCCGUGGUAAACCCAGCGGAAGAAGCAGGGGAACCCGCGGUCAUGGUCGUGGUCGUGGCCGUGGUCGCGGAGGUAACAGAUCCGAAGGACAGCAUGUACGCGAGACUGCUCCCACCAGAAUCGAAGAGACAGAAGCACAGCGCGAGGCACGCAGUUCAUAUAACUCGUGGAAGCGAUUGUUUGCCCGACCAUUCGAUAACCCCAGUACAAUGCGACAACUCUGGAAAGGCGCGCUCAGUAUCUUGGAGGCAGGAGAUCGAGACUGGUGCCAACGACUCCCUCAAGACCUUAAUGACGAAGAUGGCAUUGGACAUCGCCACAUCCUUGCCUUACUCAACGCCCAUAUCAGUGUUACUGACUACGAGACUUUCAUCAGCAAUGCUCGCAACUUCCUUCUUACAAUCACUCAUCCAUCCAUCCUGCGCUGUCUCGCUGUUGAUAACCAUGUUGGACUCAUCUACAACCUCUUUGGAGGGGUUAGUGGAAAGAGAGCUAUUUCAUUCCUUCGACGCCUUAUUAGGGCCAUAUUGGCAGCUACGGUUGCAGAGACCACCGGGAACCUAACGGAGGACGUAAAAGCGACACUUCUUGCCAUGUCGGUUGCUCUAUUUGAGCUUCUCAGGCGUGAAUCUAGGGUGCGCUUCAAUGAUGAGAUCCCUUCGCUUGUCGAAUCCAUACAGACUGCCACAGGAGUCUCUAAAGAUGAUGCUUCUUCAGAUUCGUUGGCACGCAUCUUUAAUAAGCUCAACGACACCCGAGCCUUGCUAGCACGCGCUCAAGGUCUUCUUGCUGACAUGAGCAUGGACGAAGAAAAUGCAGCCGAUGUGUACAACGCAUCCUCCUACCCGCGCAACCUGAUCGUGCCCUCCGACCGUUUCGACAAUGACAAGAAAGAUAUCGCUGACAUAAUCCUGUUCCCUACCCGAGAUGAGAUUAUGAGCGACGCAGAAGAAUUUCUUCCCUAUACCGACCCUGAUCAGCCUCAUUUCCUCAAUGAUCCUGUACAACGCCACAUCGAUACCUUCUUCAGGUUGCUACGCCACGAUAUCUUUGGUGAGUUAAAGGAAGCUCUAGCAGGGGUAAUGCAUACAGUAGCUCAGGAGCCUACUGCGCUAUGGAAUACAAAGCUGAGCCUAGGGGACAUGCGCGCUUAUCAUUACAUCAAUGCUCAGAUCAGUCAUGUCACUUUGGAGGCCAGAAAGGGUCUACAAGUACAAGUUGAGUUUGUUCAACCAGCCGCAGUUCGCAGGAAGUCAAGUGAAGAAAGAGAAAGGUGGUGGGAGGAAUCGCGAAGGUUCAAUCAAGGAACACUGCUUUCCUUUAUAUGGAUCGAUAAUUCUGCCACUCAUCACGUUUUCCUCACAGUUUCGGGAAAAAACACGGAUCCCACAAAAGAAUACGGCCUGAGUCAUGGCAAAGAACUGGCGUACAUCACUUCGAGUUUGGCAACGCAAGAUCGGGCCACCGUGAGGAGUCUCAUGGAGGCGCAUAGUGGAGCGGCUCGUGGCCUGCUGUUGGAAUUUCCCAAUGUGAUACCUGCCACAUUCUCACCCAUUCUGGAGAAUCUGAAGGAAAUGCACCGCUUGAAUUGUCUCCCAUUCCAGCAGUGGAUCGUGCCUCGCAGACACGAAGGACCACCGGGGCAACGAGUGAUGCAUCAAAUCCCCCCGCCUUUGUAUACACGUACUUCCGGCUUUAAAUUCUCUUUGGCACCUCUGCUAAAGGAUGAAAAUAAAGACGACCAGUUACUAAUGGAUCCUACGUCCUCAUGCGAUGACGAAGUGUUACUCAAGAAGCUUGGAACAGCGACUCAUCUUGACCCUGGGCAAUGCCAGGCUUUAAUUGCGGCACUGACUCGCGAAUAUGCAUUUAUUCAAGGCCCUCCUGGAACUGGAAAGAGUUAUCUCGGUCUCCGAAUCGUGAAGGUUCUUUUAGGUCUCAGCAAAAAGGCCAAUUUGGGGCCCAUUAUGAUAGUAUGCUACACCAACCAUGCGUUGGACCAAUUCCUAGAACAUCUGCUUGGUAUGGGUGUGACAAAGCUUAUCCGCGUUGGAGCAAUGAGCAAGUCCAAGAGGUUGGAAGGCCACAAUCUCCGCUCUGUGAGCAACCUGGGGACAAAAACGAAUUCAGAAAAGUACAUGGCGGCUGUGAACUACAACGAGCUCCAGAAGACGCAGCGGGAGGCCAUAUCAAUAUUCGCUUCGUUGAACAGCUUGCGAAGAAAUCCUGAUUGGAAAACCCUGGAGAAUUGCAUUUCUGAAGAGCACCCAAACAUACACAGCCAAUUCCGCCGUAUCGAUGAUCAAGGUUUUAAACUAUCUGGUCGUCAUCCAUUCGACGUUUGGGCGUCUGACAUUCAGGCAUCUGGCACUCGAAAGUCAGCGUCAUUGCUAAAGCAGAUUGUCCAGAAAGCAAACACGGAUGUAUAUUCGCUGACGAGUCGGGAGCGAAGCGCUUUAGUUGCGCAUUGGAUUGAAGGAGCUCGAAACAACAAAAUAGACGAGCUCUAUGAGAUGAUCAAUGAUGCGACGAAAACUCAGCAAAAGCUCACAAACGUACACGAAGAACUGGAUCGAAGAGUACUGGAACAAGCGCAAGUCAUUGGUGUGACGACAACCGGUCUUGCAAAACGAAUUGCUGUCCUCCAGCAAGUCAAGUGCAAAGUUCUCAUCUGCGAAGAAGCCGGAGAGAUUAUGGAAAGCCACAUGAUCUCCGCACUACUCCCCGAUGUGGAACAUGUAAUCCAGAUUGGAGAUCAUGAGCAGCUUCGACCUUCAGUGAGCAACUUUCGCGAUCUAUCACUCGAGAGUGAGCGAGGAAAGCUUCACCAGCUCGACAGAAGCCAGUUCGAACGACUCUGUGUUGGUGAGCUGGGACGUCCUUUGAUGCCUGUUGCUCAGCUCAAUGUUCAGCGCCGAAUGCGUCCACAGAUAUCUUCGUUGAUACGUGAGACCAUUUAUGGGAAACUCCAAGAUCAUCCUUCCACCAACGAUCUACCCAAUGUAGUUGGUAUGCGCCAUAAUGUUUUCUGGCUCGACCACACAAACUUCGAGAACCAGAACGAUGAAAAUGCCCAUAUCAAUAGUUCCAAAUCGAACUCAUGGGAAGUUGGAAUGGUGCAUGCACUAGUGCGACACAUUGUUCGCCACGGAGUGUACAAAUCUAAAGACAUCGCAGUAUUGACGCCAUAUACCGGCCAACUUCAGAAAUUACGAGCCACUUUGAGGAGCGAUUUCGAGAUUUGCCUUAGUGACCGUGAUAGGGAAGCAUUGGAAAACGACGGCUUCACAGUCGAUGACGUGACAUCUCAAGUACCAGCUGCAUCCGAACUUCGAUCAUACCAAGGCAAGCCCUUGGAGAAGAAGCAGCUCUCAGAAAUGUUGAGAAUUGCGACUGUCGACAACUUCCAGGGAGAAGAAGCAAAGAUCGUCAUUGUGUCACUCGUACGGAGCAAUGAGGUACAGAAAGUUGGGUUCCUGAAAACGACCAACCGUAUCAACGUACUCCUUAGUCGUGCCAAACACGGCAUGUAUCUCAUUGGUAACACGGAAACUUACGUUAGCGUUGAAAUGUGGCAGAAAGUUAUCCACAUACUCAAAGCCUCUGCCUGUAUCGGUAAGAGCCUGGCUCUGUCUUGCUCUCGACACCCCGGAACGACUAUCGAAGUACAAGAACCAGAUGACUUUCAGAAAUACAGCCCUGAAGGUGGCUCCCACUUCAAAUGCCCUACCCCUUGCGAGGCUCUGCUACCUUGCGGUCAUCCUUGCCCCGGAACCUGUGGCCAAUGCAACACCAAGGAUGCUCGUGGAAGCAUGGAACCUGCAGUCACAACUGCAAACGUCCGUGCCACGAUGGAACUGAUUGUGGCUUGUGUUAAAGCCCAUGUGAAGUCCGCUGCAAGCACACCAAGUGUGCAAAGAAGUGUCAUGAGCCUUGCACGCCAUGCACUGAGCCUUGCGAAUGGUUCUGCGAUCAUCAAGGCAAGUGCAAAAUGCCAUGUUCAGCACCAUGCGAUCGCUUACCAUGCGAUGAACGUUGCACAAAGCUUCUGCCAUGCGGUCAUCAAUGUCCGAGCAUUUGCGGUGAAGAAUGUCCUACGGAAUACUGCCAGAAAUGCGCCAGACAUGAUGAUGAUGUCAAGUUACGCUGAUAUCGAUCUAAAUGAAUCACCCAUUGUUGUCCUUGGUUGCGGUCACUUCUUCACAACGGAGACUCUAGACGGCCAUAUAAGUCUCAAGGAUUUAUACGAGGUCGACAAGAAAACUGUUCGAUUCAUCGGUCUGAUCGAGAAUUCUGAGUUUUCAGCAGCGAUUCCACAAUGUCCAAACUGCAGAGAACCUGUCAAGCAGUUCGUGACACAGCGCUACAACCGUCUUAUCAACCGAGCUGUGAUUGACGAGUCGUCUAAACGUUUUAUCGUUAGCGGACAACAGGCGCUUCAUUUACUGGAAGACAGGCUUGCUAUUGAGCGGGCUAAUCUCGAAACCUCACGCACUGCUAUUGUUCCCCAAUCUCCUGGUUUGGGGACCAAUCAGGCUAUCAUUGAAAAGAAGAUGAAACAUAUCCAUGACUGCGUUCGAAACAGGUAUUCCAGUACGGCGAUUUUGGUGGAAGACGUAAGAUCGUUCCGCCACAAAAUGGAUAUUCAGCACAAACCAACAUACAAACUUUACCAAGCAAUUAUACACAGCUACAAGAGGAAUGCUUCCCUUGACAAAGAUUUUGCUCAAUUAUCCCUCAGCUCAUCUUCCAAGUAUUUGGAGCGUGACCGCGAUCAGCGUGUGACUUUAGGUGGCCGCCUCCUCGAAAUCAAAGUGCAAUGCCUGCUACUUGAGGACAAAUUUGAAAUUGCACGAGUGGUACUCAAAAAUGUAGGUGGAACAGUACCACUCAAAUUUAGUGGAGGCUCUCCUGCAAAAAAGACAAAUUCCUUCCUUGAAGCAUGCGAGAAAUUGAUCGGCGAUUGCAUGUCUGGAUACCUUCCCAAACUCGCUGUCGAGACAUCGCUAUACUACGCCUGUAUCGCACACCUUUUCAGCAGAUCUGGAAUGGCCAAGGACACUGAUCGCACUCGAGCAACCAACUACCGCAACACUGCCAAACACCAUUUAGAGCAAGCAGAAAAGCUCUGCCAGAAUUCUUUUCGUGGCCGAGACAUCCUCCGAAAAGCAGUGCUCAGCUCAGCAGAGAUGCUGAAAAGGGACUUCUACGAGGAAGUUUCGAAGGACGAAAUCGAAGCUAUCAAACAGGCAAUGGUCAGUGGGCCUGGAGGUAUCGCAACGCACUCUGGACAUUGGUACAACUGUGCCAAUGGACAUCCAUUUGUUAUUGGCGAGUGCGGUAUGCCUAUGGAACGUGCUCGCUGCCCGGAAUGCGGCGAGCCUGUUGGCGGCCAGAACCACGCUGCCGUCAGGGGAGUUUCGUGCGCGAUGGAGAUGGAGUAA